ACAAAACAAACUUCAAGCUUGCGAGUAUGGGCUGGUGGCUAAAUGGCGCCGUUUGGACGAUGAUGAUGGCCAUAUCCACCAUUUCUUUUGUUCAAGCUGAUGAUCCCUACCGUUUUUUCGACUGGAGGGUCACUUACGGCAACAUUUCUCCACUUGGCAUUCCUCAAAGGGGAAUCCUGAUUAACGGACAAUAUCCUGGACCCGAUAUUUACUCUGUCACCAACGACAAUUUGAUCAUCAAUGUUCACAACGAUCUUGACGAGCCCUUUCUCUUAUCUUGGAACGGAGUGCAACUGAGGAAGAAUUCUUACCAAGAUGGAGUGUAUGGGACGACUUGUCCAAUCCCACCGGGCAAAAAUUACACUUAUGCCAUCCAAGUCAAAGACCAGAUCGGUAGUUUCUUCUACUUCCCUUCCCUAGCCGUUCACAAAGCCGCCGGUGGUUUUGGCGGUUUCCGUAUCCUCAGCCGCCCUCGCAUCCCCGUCCCUUUCCCUGAACCCGCUGGAGAUUUCACCUUCCUCAUUGGUGAUUGGUUUGAGCAUGACCACAAGGCUUUGAAGGCAAUUUUGGAUAGAGGACACAAGCUACCUUUGCCUGAAGGGGUUUUGAUCAAUGGCCAAGGAGUCAGUUACAUUUCUUCACUCACAGUCCACAAAGGUAAAACAUACAGAUUUAGAAUAUCGAAUGUAGGGCUUCAAAACACUCUGAAUUUUAGAAUCCAAGGUCAUCAGAUGAAGCUCGUCGAGGUUGAGGGAACCCAUACAAUACAGUCCAUGUAUACCUCUCUCGACAUUCACGUAGGACAGUCUUACUCCGUCUUAGUCACCAUGGACCAGCCUGACCAAGACUAUGACAUUGUCGUCUCCACAAAAUUUGUCGCCAAAAAACUCUUGGUCUCAUCCACUAUCCACUACUCCAACUCAAGACAUAGCCGCCACUCAUCGUCUGCUUCUGUCCAUGCUGAGCAACCUGCCGAUGAACUAGAUUGGUCUAUCAAACAAGCCCGGUCCAUUAGAACCAAUCUAACCGCGUCUGGGCCAAGGCCUAACCCACAGGGCUCGUACCACUAUGGUCGAAUCAAGAUUUCUAGGACUUUAAUAUUGGAAAGCUCAGCGGCACAAGUGAGGAGGAAGCAACGCUACGCCAUAAACGGAGUGUCGUUUGUAGCUGCAGAUACUCCGCUAAAGCUUGCGGAUUACUUCAAGAUCAAAGGCGUUUACAAAGUGGGAAGCAUCCCUGACAAGCCGAGAAGAGGGGGAGGGAUGAGAAUGGAGACGUCAGUGAUGGGAGCACACCAUAGAGACUUCCUUGAAAUCAUAUUUCAAAACCGCGAGAAGAUUGUCCAAAGUUACCACCUCGAUGGAUAUAGUUUUUGGGUUGUCGGGAUGGAUAGAGGAACAUGGUCGCAAGCGAGUAGACGAGAGUAUAAUCUCAGGGAUGCUAUUUCUCGCUCCACCACUCAGGUAUAUCCAGAAUCUUGGACAGCCGUAUAUGUAGCACUGGACAAUGUGGGGAUGUGGAAUCUAAGGAGUGAAUAUUGGGCGAGGCAAUACUUAGGCCAACAAUUCUACCUCAAAGUUUAUUCUCAAACACACUCUCUUAGAGAUGAAUAUCUUUUGCCUAAGAAUGCUUUGUUGUGUGGCCGAGCCUCCAAUAAACACACUCCCAUUACCACUCCUUAAUGACUCUAUUAAUUCAUACCAGUCGUGGAUGAAUUAUUUAGGGAUAUAUGUUGAGUUCUUUAUUCUUUAUAUUUCGAUAGCGAGAUAUAUGUUGCACAAUUAUUAAUCUACUACAUAAAUUGUAAUGUACUCCCAAAUUUGAUGAAAAUUUGACUGUUUUGUAAUGGUUAUGGCCGACUUACACACAAUAUUCGAUUGUCUAAUACAAAAAUAGUAAAUGUUUGAAUUUUUU